UGGCGGUGGUAAACAGCACGUGCUCUGGGCUCCUCCAUCACUCUCUACGCCCGGCCUAGGAAAGGCAAAGGCCUGGCUUCAGGUGGCCGGAGGAGAGGGGGUCAAGUGAAGCUGAGCUUAGCUGCGGCAGCCUAGAAGGAGGGGCGGGCUAGGCACUGAAAGCAUCGGGUUUGCCAGGCACAAGGCCUCGUUCUGGCGCCGGGGUGGUGAGUCACGGACAAACUGGGCCACUGGUGUUGGUCCAAGAGGCAAAGUCGGACGUUCCCGAGAGCUUGUGGUACCUGAUUCCAGGCGGUGGCAGUGUUUUUCUAGAGGCUGAUGAAGCCAGUGUCUGGGCAUAGCAGGGGUGUUCCCCGUGCCCAUUCUCUCCCCCUUCUAUCUCAACGCCCUGGGGGGGCCAGCUAUGCGGUGAUGUAUGCCACGGAGUGCAAGGCGGAGGUGACACCCUCCCAGCAUGGCAACCGGACCUUCAGCUAUACCUUAGAGGACCACACCAAACAGGCCUUUGGCAUCAUGAAUGAGCUUCGGCUCAGCCAGCAGCUAUGUGAUAUUACUCUGGAGGUCAAAUAUGAGAAUAAGCCUGCUGCCCAAUUUGUGGCUCACAAGGUGGUACUCGCCUCCUCCAGCCCAGUUUUCAAGGCCAUGUUCACCAAUGGGUUGCGGGAGCAGGGCAUGGAAGUGGUGUCUAUUGAGGGCAUCCACCCCAUGGUGAUGGAACGACUCAUAGAAUUUGCCUACACUGCCUCCAUCUCCAUGGGGGAGAAAUGUGUGCUGAAUUUGAUGAAUGGGGCUGUCAUGUACCAGAUUGACAGUGUAGUGCGGGCCUGCAGUGACUUUUUGGUGCAGCAGCUGGACCCCAGCAAUGCCAUUGGCAUUGCCAACUUUGCUGAGCAAAUUGGCUGUGCUGAACUCCAUCAGCGUGCCCGGGAGUACAUCUAUAUGCACUUUGGGGAGGUCGCAAAGCAGGAGGAAUUCUUUAACCUGUCCCACUGCCAGCUGGUGACACUUAUCAGCCGGGAUGAUCUCAACGUGCGCUGUGAGUCCGAGGUCUUCCAUGCCUGCAUCAAUUGGGUCAAAUAUGACUGCGAGCAUCGACGCUUCUACAUUCAAGCCCUUCUCCGUGCUGUCCGUUGCCAUUCCCUCACUCCCCACUUCCUGCAAAUGCAGCUGCAGAAAUGUGAGAUCCUCCAGUCAGAUUCACGUUGUAAGGACUACCUGGUUAAGAUCUUUCAGGACCUCACCCUGCACAAGCCCACCCAGGUGAUGCCCUGCCGGGCACCCAAGGUGGGCCAGCUCAUCUACACAGCAGGAGGCUACUUCCGCCAAUCACUGAGUUACCUGGAGGCCUAUAACCCUUGUGAUGGCACUUGGCUCCGCCUUGCAGAUCUACAGGUGCCCCGAAGUGGCCUAGCAGGCUGUGUGGUGGGUGGCCUGCUGUAUGCUGUGGGGGGAAGGAACAAUUCCCCAGAUGGCAACACAGACUCCAAUGCCCUUGACUGCUACAAUCCUAUGACUAAUCAGUGGUCCCCCUGUGCACCCAUGAGUGUGCCCCGGAAUCGUAUUGGUGUUGGUGUCAUCGAUGGCCUCAUCUAUGCGGUUGGGGGCUCCCAUGGCUGCAUUCACCACAAUAGCGUGGAGAGGUACGAGCCAGAACGGGAUGAAUGGCACUUAGUGGCACCCAUGCUGACACAAAGGAUCGGGGUGGGAGUGGCUGUCCUGAAUCGACUACUCUAUGCAGUUGGUGGCUUUGAUGGGACAAACCGCCUCAAUUCUGCUGAGUGCUACUACCCAGAGAGGAAUGAAUGGCAGAUGAUCGCACCUAUGAACACCAUCCGAAGUGGGGCAGGGGUCUGUGCUCUGAACAACUGCAUCUAUGCUACAGGCGGCUAUGAUGGCACCGACCAAUUAAACAGUAUGGAAAGAUAUGAUGUGGAAACAGAGACCUGGACUUUUGUGGCCCCCAUGAAACAUCGACGGAGUGCACUUGGGGUCACUGUACACCAGGGAAAGAUCUAUGUCCUUGGUGGAUAUGAUGGACACACCUUUCUGGACAGCGUGGAAUGCUACGACCCAGCCACAGACACAUGGAGUGAGGUGACACAUAUGACCUCUGGCCGCAGCGGGGUAGGGGUAGCUGUGACCAUGGAGCCUUGUCGAAAGCAGAUUGACCAACAGAACUGCACCUGUUAAAAGAUUUUUAUCUCUUUGGCAAAACUGUCAGAUUGGGGUUUUUGUAUGAAAAUGAAAAACAAAGCAAAAAAUUCCUUUCCAAGACCAGAGGCUGGAAUAACAAGUCAGUGUUAAAAUAACAAAGCUGAAGAAGCCAUUACAGGAACCUUUGAUUUUGCCACUUUGGCCCUGAGAACAUUAGAAAAACGUGUUGCCAGGGACCCACUGGCUUAGGAGGAGUCUGGUAAAGGGAGGAUGCUUAGGGGCGGGGCACUGGCAUCCAGUGCCUCUAUAGGAGAAGGCCUGCCUGCAGAAGGGAGCUGCUUCGAGGAGGGAGGCCAGCACCAGCUACCACUCUCCCUUGGAGGUGGGAGUAGGACCCAGGCCACAGCCACAGAAUCCAGCUCUCUUCAUUCCUGAAGCUUCUGUGCUGAGCAAGAAGGGUUUGGUGCCAGGAUGUUGGCAUGAACACUGGGGGGGGGGGGGAGCUUGUACAUAGAAAUCUUGGGCUAGAUUAUCUCCAGGCUCUCCACAGUUAUUAUGGUAAGUUCCCUUGUAACUUUCAAACUGAAAUAAAGAUCAGACUAACUAGUGUUUUCAA